GUGGCAAAACUUGCAGUUGGUUCGCAGUUCCAUUCCCACCGGCAGAUGGCAUCAAGCGUGAGGUGCGCCCACUUUGGCAACAGAUCGACCGCAGCUGACGAAAACGGAAACAAAACAUCAACAAGCAAGCGAAGGGAGCCAACGAGCCGAAACGUCGUCGACUCGUCUGGCGUCUGACGCGUGGUGCCACUGUUCGGACACGAGCGCACGUUUGUCCACUCGGCAUCAUGACGUCGCUCUGAGAAGACAAUCGAGAGGAAUUCGCCCCGCCCGACGAUAAAGACGAGAGACAGCACGCGGUAAAAUGGACUUGCUGAAGCAGAAUCUCAAGCUGGAGCCCGAGGACGAGGAGAGGGUGGUUUACCAACAACCCCCGGAGCUGUUUGCCCAAGGGUUCGCCCUGAUGGAAGACAUCCGGCGUCAGGGCAAACUCUGCGACGUCACUCUCAAGGUUGACGAUCAAAGCUUUACCGCACACCGAAUUGUGUUAGCUUCGACCAUUCCAUACUUCAACGCCAUGUUCACCAACGACAUGGUGGAGAGCAAGCAGCGAGAUAUAACCAUUCAAGGCAUCGACGCUGAAGCUUUGGAGGCGCUGGUGAAUUUCUCGUACAGCGGCCGCGUCACCAUCGACAACAACAACGUGCAGAGCCUCAUGAUCGGCGCCUCGUUCUUGCAGUUGCACAAAGUGCGCGAUGCGUGCGCCUCUUUCUUAAUGGGAAAAUUACACCCGCAAAACGCGUUGGGCAUUUGCAAUUUUGCCGACACCUUGAGCUGCAUGGCGCUCGUACAGGCAGCUGAAAAAUUCAUCCAACACCAUUUUGCUGAGGUUUCCGUCACCGCUGAGUACCUCAGUCUGCCGAUCCAAAGCAUCUCGGAUCUAAUUUCCAGCGACCAACUCCACGUCGCCUCAGAAGAGACUGUGUUCGAAGCUGUCAUUCGUUGGGUUAAAAAAGACCAGCCGAACAGAACGCAACAUCUUCCCCAACUGCUUUCUCUAGUGCGACUUCCACUACUCACUCCGCAGUACUUGGCUGAUAGGGUUGCCACUGAGGAACUCAUCAAGGCAUCACAUCAGUGCAGAGACCUGCUUGAUGAGGCGAGGGACUACCAUCUUCUUCCAGAGCGCAGGGGACUAGUUCAGGGGUUUCGAACCCGCUUGAGAAGUUGUCACUGCAUGGUUGGCCACAUUUUCGCUGUUGGUGGUCUGACCAAAUCUGGCGACUCUCUGAGCACUGUGGAAGCUUUCGACCCAAUCACUGGCCGGUGGGACCAAGCCGAACCGAUGAGCAUGCUGCGCAGCCGGGUCGGCGUUGCCGUAAUGAGAGGGAAGUUGUACGCAAUCGGUGGCUACAACGGCGCGGAGAGGCUGUCCACCGUGGAAGUCUUCGAUCCGGUUCUCAAAGCCUGGAACAAAGUCGCGCCCAUGCACUACAAGAGGAGCGCUGUUGGAGCUGCUGCUCUCGGCGACCGUCUGUAUGUGUGCGGCGGCUACGACGGCAUCACCUCCCUAUCCACCGUCGAGUGCUACCACCCGGACAGGGACGUGUGGAAACUCGUGCCAGAGAUGACCAAGCACAGAAGCGCUGGAGGUGUUGUUGCAUUCGAAGGCCACAUUUAUGCUCUAGGAGGCCAUGAUGGGCUGUCGAUUUUUGACUCGGUGGAGAGAUACUCGCCUCACACUGGUCAGUGGACCUCAGUGACCCCAAUGCUCACCCAGAGGUGUCGACUCGGCGUGGCAACCCUAAAUGGCAAGCUCUAUGUGUGCGGCGGCUAUGAUGGCUCCACGUUUCUGGAGACAGUGGAGCAGUACGACCCAAUCAAAGACAAAUGGAAUUUCAUUGCUCCCAUGAAUGUGAUGCGCAGUCGAGUGGCGCUGGUGGCGAAUGCUGGCAAACUGUGGGCCAUCGGAGGCUAUGAUGGCGUCAGCAACUUGUCCACAGUCGAAUGCUACGAUCCAGAGAUCAACAAAUGGAAUUUCGUCUCGUCCAUGUGUGCUCACGAGGGAGGAGUUGGCGUCGGGGUCAUUCCAAUGGUGUCCUCUGCCCUUCACCAGCCCUGGGAAUCUAUGAAAACUAGUCUCUAGAGGUAUAAUUGUAAUGAGAACCGCAGUCUCUUUCACUGUAAAUUUUCUAGUAUGUCUUGUCUACGUUUAGCUUGAUGCAUUUCCAAAGUACUAAUUAUUGAUAGUUAAUGUAAAUCCAAAGGAUUUGAAUUGUUUCAGCGAAGGAAAUUUAUUUGAUAACUAUUCACAAGACUGUAAUGAUUUCCUUUCUUGCCAGUGGUACAGACAUGUCCUUGUGUUGUAUUCACAUCUUCCAUUAAUUAUUGUAACCUGGGCAGGGGUUUCGAUGCAAUGUAUUGCUCACGAAAAUGCGUUAAUUUUAAAUUUAGCAAUGCUCUUGCCAAGAGCUUUCCCUCAGAAUCUUUCUAGCUGUUUAUUAUUGUGAUUGCCAAAGACAUUCUGUUUUCAAAUUUCCACGAUUGCAUAGAUUUUGUAUUAUACACCAAUAGAAUUGAAAUUUUUUAAUAUGCACGUUAUCAAA